GUCAAUGUUACACGAAAGUAGUAUUUUAUUUGGUGCUCGAAGAGAGUAAUUGUGUAUUUAUUGUUCACGGUCGAACAUUUUUUGUGUAAACAAAUCAAGUAAAAAAUGUUUAUAUGUUAAAAAAAAACAGCAACAAAUUCAAAAAAUUAGUUAGUGAAAAUAGUAAUGGAUGUAUGGAAAUUGCCAACUGAAGUACAUUUUAUUUAUUAGAAGAUAAAAUAAAAAGAGCAAAAUAAUUUGUCUUAAAUUUCUAAGACCAGGAAGAUUGGAAAGAAAGCCACAAUAAUUUCGAAUCCUUUUUCUUUCGCUUCGUUAUAAAUUCGCGUUAAUUAAUUAUUAAUUAUGGCAGACGACGAGAUACUGUUUGAUGAUGUUUACGAAUUGUGUGAAGUAAUUGGCAAAGGCCCCUUUUCCAUAGUACGACGAUGUAUACAUAGAGAAUCUAAUCAACAGUUUGCUGUUAAAAUAGUUGAUGUAGCUAAAUUUACAGCAAGUCCCGGACUUAGCACAGCAGAACAAAAUAUACUUGUUGCAGAUUUGAAACGUGAAGCUACAAUAUGUCACAUGCUGAAACAUCCACACAUAGUGGAGCUUUUAGAGACGUACAGUUCCGAAGGCAUGCUCUAUAUGGUAUUCGAAUUCAUGGAAGGUUCAGAUUUAUGCUUCGAAGUAGUGCGAAGGGCAGUGGCGGGAUUUGUUUAUAGUGAAGCUGUUGCCUGCCAUUACAUGCGUCAGAUUCUAGAGGCUUUGCGCUACUGUCAUGAAAAUGAUAUUUUACAUCGAGAUGUUAGACCAGCAUGUGCACUUUUAGCAACAGUCGAUAACUCUGCACCUGUAAAAUUGGGAGGAUUCGGUUCGGCCAUUCAACUGCCAGGAGGUAGAGAAGCUUUAGAAACUCAUGGUCGAGUAGGAUGCCCGCAUUACAUGGCUCCAGAAGUUGUAACAAGACGUCUCUAUGGGAAAGGAUGUGAUGUUUGGGGUGCUGGAGUAAUGUUACAUGUUUUGCUCUCAGGGCGACUACCUUUCCUGGGAUCGGGUGUACGGUUACAAAAUUCAAUAGCAAGAAGCAGACUAACAUUUGAAGCGCCAGAAUGGAAAUCAAUAUCUGCAUCAGCAAAAGAUUUAGUGUCUAAAAUGUUGGCUGCUAAUCCUCAUCACAGACUGUCUAUUGCGCAAGUUCUGGAACAUCCAUGGAUAAGAGAUCGAGAUAAACUUCAACGUCAGCACUUGGCUGAUACGGUGGAGGAAUUAAAACGUUACAAUGCACGACGUAAAUUAAAAGGAGCUGUGCAGGCCAUUGCCGGUGGCACAACUUUAGAUCCUAUUUUUGGAACCGAUACAGAUUCUAGUAAGUUUGGAAUGUUAGUUUGCGAUUUAAAUAUAAAAAAUAAAAUUUCAGUGCCGGUUGCAUCUGAUAUUUUAAAUGAGUGGGCUGAUGAAGAGGCUGGUAUAGAAGCUGUACAACGAAUUUUGGAUUGUCUAGAUGAUAUUUACGCCCUACAAGAUGCGCAUGUGGAUUCAGACGUAUUGCGUGAUAUGUUAAGGGAUAACCGUUUGCACCAACUGUUGCACUUGUUUGAUCGCAUAAGUUCCACAGUAGUUUCUCCCAACCGUGCUCCAACUGCAGAUGCUGUAGCGAGAAGUCGUGAUGUAAUAGAGAUGUUAUCUUCCAUAGGCGGCAAUAAAUACUUAAAGGACGAAUUAAUGCUACUUUUGGUUUCACCUCAUUUACAGGCAUUAUUGCACACUCAUGAUGUUGUGGCACGUGAUGUUUAUGGAGAGGAAGCUUUACGGGUAACGCCUCCACCAAUGCCUCUUUAUUGCAAUGGAGAAGAUUUGGAAAAUACAGAUGCAGCAGAAUUGCAGCAUGUCACACGAGUGCGUUUAGUACAAUUCCAAAAGAACACUGAUGAACCAAUGGGCAUCACUCUUAAAAUGACCGAAGAUGGACGUUGUUUAGUUGCACGUAUAAUGCACGGUGGCAUGAUACAUCGACAGGCAACACUUCAUGUGGGCGAUGAAAUACGGGAAAUUAAUGGUCAGUCAGUGCAGAAUCAAUCCGUGGGACAAUUGCAACGAAUGCUGCGUGAAGCACGCGGUUCAGUAACCUUUAAAAUAGUUCCUUCUUAUAGAAGUGCUCCCCCUCCAUGUGAGCUUUUUAGGAUAAGACCAGCACCAGUUCUAAUUUUUGUAAGAGCACAAUUUGAUUAUAACCCACUGGAUGAUGAGCUGAUCCCGUGUGCACAAGCAGGAAUAGCUUUUCAAGUUGGCGAUAUAUUACAAAUAAUUAGCAAAGAUGAUCAGCAUUGGUGGCAAGCCCGUUUAGAUGCUGUUGGUGGUUCAGCUGGACUAAUACCUUCACCAGAAUUACAAGAGUGGCGUAUACGAUGUCAAACAGUAGACAAAACUAAGAGUGAACAAGGAGAACCUGGUGCUGGAUGUUCCGCUCACACAGAUGGGUGUGAUGGAUCCGCAGUUAAUUGCUCAAUAUUUGGUCGUAAGAAGAAGCAAUGUCGUGACAAGUAUCUGGCAAAACAUAGUGGUAUAUUUGAUAACUUGGAGUUGGUUACCUAUGAGGAGGUCGUAAAAGUGCCAGUCGGAGAUCCAAAUUUUCAGCGAAAAACUUUAGUUUUAUUAGGGGCUCAUGGUGUGGGCCGACGUCAUAUCAAAAAUACUUUAAUUUCUAAAUAUCCAGAUAAAUAUGCCUAUCCUAUACCCCAUACUACACGACCUCCUAAACCGGAUGAAGAAAAUGGUCGGAGUUAUUACUUUGUAUCACAUGAUGAAAUGAUGGCCGAUAUUGCAGCUAAUGAAUACUUAGAAUACGGUACACACGAAGAUGCUAUGUAUGGCACAAAACUAGAUACUAUUAGACGUAUACACACUGAAGGCAAAAUGGCAAUUCUUGAUGUAGAACCACAGGCUUUAAAAAUAUUACGGACUUCCGAAUUUACACCGUAUGUUGUGUUUAUAGCUGCGCCUUCUUUACAAAACAUUGCAGAUUAUGAUGGCAGUUUGGAACGUUUGGCAAAAGAAUCCGACAUGCUACGUCAGAUGUAUGGUCAUUUCUUUGAUUUGACGAUUGUAAAUAAUGACAUCGGUGAAACUAUAGCAUGUUUAGAGACUGCUAUUGAACGGGUGCAAACCACAUCACAAUGGAUACCAGUAUCGUGGAUGUACUGACAAGAUAGUGAGCUGGAAUGUCCCGACUGCUUAGAAGGUUGCGAUUGCGAAUGGGAAGCUUAUACAAAUGGACAAUGUUCAACGGAAAAAUGGCAACAUUUCUAAAAAUCCAAAACAACUAGAAUGAGCAGAAACCACACACAGUAGUACUAAAUAUAAAAAAUGAAUGCAGCACAUACUUUUAUUUACAUACAUAUGUCUAGUAAAAUGUUAUAAAAAUCGAAACAAGUGAUUAAAAAGGCAAAAAAGCACAAAAACAAAACACACAACUCCAGCAUAUUAUAUCCAUUGCCUUUGAAACAAAACAAAUUUAAAUGCAAUAAAUACAACAAAUAGGAAAAACAUACAAACCAAAAAAGAAUCAAAUACAAAUAUACACACACUAAAUCAAUCUCAAGAAAAAAACUAAUCAGUAAUUGUAAUUAACAUGAUAAUACACCAUUACUAGUUUUUAUUCACUCAAUAAUAUUUUAGAUGAAUUUAGAACAAGAACAUUUCACCCACAAACAUUCCUCCCUAUCCUUUUUUUUUUUUUGUAAUUGUAUUAAGUAAAGAAAACUACAUACAUACAUACAUACAUACACAUUUUCUACUAUUAUAUUUAUUUAUUUACUUACAAUACGCAUUUAUAAGUGUACUAUUGUUAGUGGAAAUAUUUUGAGUUAAUAUUUAUUUUUGUUUUUUGUUAAAAACUUCAUAGUAAAUAGAUAAUCUAUUGUAUAAAUUAUGUUUAAAACAAAUUCUGUUUGUAUUUAUUAUUAAACCUACUACGCUUAUUUUAUUAAAAAUCAAUAAUGUGAGUACAAUAACACAAUGUAUGUAAAUUAAAAUAUUGGUGAGAAUGUAAUCGUUGCAAGUCAUAAUUAUUAAUUAAGAUCAACGCUAAAAUUACAACAUGUAUCGCCAUUUCCCCUAGUAAUAAGUUGUAAUCAUGUACAUAUGUAUACUAUACCGGACCACGAAAAAUAUUAGAGCUUCUUCCUUCCCCUAAAACCGAUGUUUCUUUUAUUUCAUUUAUUUCAACUAUAUGAAAUUAAGGAAAUUUCAGCUUGUUGUUACGCUUUCAAAUAAUUUUUUUUUAAUUUAUUUAUACAGGACAAAAUAUAAUUUGUUUACUUUAAAAUUAUUUUUUACUGUACUUAGAAUUAAUUUGUACUGAGGAUAGGUUAUUUAAAUAUUCGAAUAAAGCUAAACAGGCAAAAUAAAAUACCACUUAGUAUUAGCGUUGCAGGUGGAGAAAAAGUUGUUUUUUUAAGAUGUAAAUCACCAUUCAAAAUUACAAUAUAAUUGCGGACAAUUCCGUUCAUUUGUUCGCUAUUUUUUAUAAGUAUAAAGAAAAAAUAAAUUGCAAAAAUAUAAGUUUCAAAAUGUUAAAAAAAAUCUCUUUAAAUGUAAUGUCAUGGAACUAACUGUCACAUUCAUUUCACUUUUAUUUCAAAUUAUUUCAUAAUUAUUUGUUUUUUAAACAGAGUACACAAUUAUGGAAUCCAAACAGGAAAUCACGAUUUCCAAAGUUUUAAAAUUUAUAAAUUUCCAAGUACCUGCACGAGUAAGCUCUUUUGCAAGGGAAAAAGGUGGCGUAGUGCAUUUAGUAUUUAAGAUAAAUUGUUUGCUUGAAAUUAAUAUUUUCCAUAUCCAUAAAAUUGAAAAAAUAUAAAUUUUUCUUAUUUUUCAGGGAAAAAGGUAGCGUAGUGCAUUUAUUAUUUAAGAUAAAUUGUUUGCUCGAAAUUAAUAUUUUCCAAAAACAUAACUUUUAUUAUUUUUCACAUUAUAUUAAAGAAAAAGGAUCAGACUUGUACAUAAUAACACUUUAUACAUAUGUACAUAUUAUGUAUACAUAUAAUUAUUCAAACUUAUUUUUUAUAUUUACAUAUACUUACAUAUAAGAGAAUUACAAGUUUAAUUUUGAAACAAAGCUCAUUCAUUCAUACGUAUGUAUGUACGUUUUAUUUAUUUCCUUUCAUUUCUGAUUAAAGAGUUCAUACACAAUUCUGAAAAUAAUAGAUGUAAAAGAAACUCCUACCUACAACCACAAACAAUUUUUUAAUAUUAUAUUCUGAGCUUAUCUAAAUAUAAAUGGAAACUACAACUAAAAUACAUACAUAUAUAAAACAAAAACAAUAUAAGAAACAUACAUUCGCAAAUUAAGCAAAAACUAUUGAAAACUUAAUUUUUAAAAGAAACCAUGGUUUCACUAUAUGGGUUGAGUAAAAACAGUAUGAAUAUUAACUUUGUUCUCCACUGAUAUACAUAUAUAGUCAUUCUCAUCAUUCCCAUUACCAUUUCCAUCAACAUAAGAAUCCUCCCUAUUCAUUUGAUAUUGUUAGUAGUGUUAUUUAAGCAGUCUGUACUAUUUUCUAUUUAAGAUUAAUUAACUAAAAAUGUAUCGAAUACUUUACUAUUAACGACUAUUUAUAGUUUCACGAAAAAAUAA